UUUUUUUUUUUUACCCCACAACACCUCUAACACUUCAAACAAUCAAAGUCCUCUCACCCUUCUGCAUACCUCUCCUGCAUAUAUACCUACCCUCUCUUUCUUUCUCCAUCCUUUUUUUUCCUUUUUUCUUUUUUUAAUUUUUAUUUUAUUUUCUGGUCUUAUGUGAAUUCGGCCUUGUAAAUUUUCAUGGCUCUGAUUGUUGACCAGCAAUCAAACUUCAAACACUUCUGUAAAAUCUGCAAGAAAGGAUUCGGGUGUGGAAGAGCGCUGGGAGGGCACAUGAGGGCGCAUGGAAUCGGCGAUGAGAGCGGUCAGAUUGACGACGACGACGACCCGCCCAGCGAUUGGGAGGACAAAAUCGGCGGAGGCAACAACGUGCCUUCUACCAACAACAAAUGCAUGUACGCCUUAAGAACAAACCCUAAUCGCUUGAAGACUUGCCGGAAUUGCGAAAAUUGUGGCAAGGAGUUCUUAUCCUGGAAAUCAUUUCUCGAACACGGAAAAUGCAGUAGCUCCGUCGAUGCAGCGGAGUCUUUGGUCUCAUCACCGGAUUACGAAGACGACAGGAGAGGGUGCAGCGGGUGGUCUAAAAGAAAGAGAUCCUUGAGAGCAAAAGUGGGUACGUUUGGUAAUUCACAUUGCCCAUCAAGUGAGGAAGAAGAUCUAGCCAACUGCUUAAUGAUGUUAUCUAAUGCAACCGUUGAUCCUAUGGAAGCUGAACCAGAAGAAUCUUGUGCUUCAGCUAGCAAAGAAGAAGAACGAAUUAGAAACCCUAUGAAUAAUUAUAUGGCUCCGAUUUCCCGUGGGGUGGUCGUAGACAACAACAAGGCAAAAGGGAUCGCUAAUAAAGGUUUGUUCGAAUGCAAAGCAUGCAAGAAAGUUUUUAAUUCUCAUCAAGCCUUGGGUGGUCAUAGGGCCAGCCACAAGAAGGUUAAGGGCUGCUUUGCUGCCCGCCUCGACCACCUCGAAGAUAGUAUGGCAGACGACGACGUCAUUACCCACGAAGAGUUCUUCCCAUCGAAACCAAACUCAAGUUUACAGUUCGACCACGGGUCUAAUGGCCCAUCGUCAGCCUAUACCUCCAAGAGAAAAUCGAAGGUACACGAGUGCUCCAUAUGCCACCGGAUUUUCUCUUCGGGGCAGGCGUUGGGCGGGCACAAGCGGUGUCAUUGGAUCACGUCUAACGCAGCCCCGGACACGUCGACUUUGGCCAAGUUCCAUGAGUUUCAAGAAAGCAUGGAGCAGCAAAUGAUGAACCAGCAAAGGCCUAAGUUUGAUACCACUUCUGAUCCACUCGAUCUCAAGCUUGAUCUAAACCUUCCCGCUCCCGCUGCGGAUGAGAAUGGCGGAGGAGGAGGAAGAAGAGAUCGUCCGAUUACAACUCCAAAUCCAUCAAGCCUAGAGGUGUCUACAGAUUUUUUUUUACAGUCUUGGGUGGGGACAAAAGAGGAGGACAAUCCCCAUCAUCGUCUUCACUCCCACAACCAAAUUGACAACGACAACAACAUUAUUAACAACGACGAAUAUAAUGUUGAUAACAACAAUAAUAGCAGUGGUUCAAUGCAGAAUGUGGUGGAUGAAGCAGACAGUAAGGUAAAGUUAGCAAAGCUAAGUGAACUAAAGGAUAUCAACACAAGUGGGAGUUCCUCGCCAUGGUUGCAAGUGGGGCUUGGUUCAACAACUAAUGUUGCAGCUGACCCGUAAUUAUUUUGAUCAUGUCCAGGACUGUGAGAUUUUCUAAUUUCUCUCACUCUCUUUUUCUUCUUUAUAUAUUUUGUACGUAUUAAUCAAGAAACUGUAAUUAUCAACUCGACAAGCUCAUCAUAUAUAGUCCCCAUAUAUAUAUUCUUGUUACAAAUGUACUUACUUUUUUCAAUGUACAUUUUUUUUUUGGGGUCAUCAGGAACCCUACAUUUAUUUGUUCCAGCAGAGAGAAAAACAAGGUAAGUGCACUAGCUAUCACUGGAUCAGAGUACUUAUAUUCCACUUCGGGUUCAGGCAUGUUAUAAUUUUGUUGUAUUAAAAUGCUGUUUCCUAUUACAU